AUGCCACCUAACAACGCCAACGAAAGGCAGCCUCUCCUAAACGGCCACCACCGCCCCCAAAAUGAAGACCAAGACUCCGAACCCCAAAUCCUCUCCUUCUCCCCAAAAGAUCCCUCCAACCCCCUCAACUGGCCCCUCUCCUCCAAAUACCUGCAAACCGCCCUAAUAACCCUCAUCGCCCUCUCCUGCCCCAUGGCCUCCUCCAUCACCGCCCCGGCCGCCUCCAACAUCCAAGCCUCCUUCCCGGGCUCCACCCAGAAACAAAUAAUCCUCGGCCAAGCCGUCUUCGUGAUGAUGCUCGGGCUCGGCCCGCUCUUCCUCGCGCCCAUGUCGGAGACGUUCGGUCGUCGGCCGGUGUUUCUGAUCUGUUUGGGGGUUUUCACGAUCCUGCAGAUCCCGACGGGGCUGGCACCGAAUGUCGGGACGUUUGUGGCGAUGAGGGCGCUGGCGGGUUUUUUUUUUGGGAGUGUGGGCGUGGCGAAUGGAGGGGGGACGAUUUCGGAUGUUUUUGAGAGGAGGGAGAGGGCGAGGGUGUUGGGGGUGUAUCUUGUUGGGCCGUUGUUGGGGCCGACGAUUGGGCCGUUGCUUGGGGGGUUGAUCGUGGGGGGCACGGGGAGUUGGAGGUGGUUGUUUUUGCUGACGGGGGGGUUGGCGGGGUUGGCGACGGUGGUGGGGUAUUUUUGUUUGUUUGAGACGAGGGCGGUGACGUUGUUGCUGGAGAGGAAGAGGGCGUUGGAGAGGGAGAAUCCCGGGAAGAGGUAUGUUGUGGAGGGGACGACGGAUCAGGGGCUGUUGGAGAAGAUCAAGGGGAAUAGUACGCGGGCUGUGAAGAUUUUGACCACGCAGCCGAUUGUGUCGACCAUGUCGCUGUAUCAGGCGUUGGUCUUCAGCAGCAUGUACAGCUUGUACUCGCAGUACACGUCCAUCUGGUCGGCGCCGCCUUACGAGUUCAGCAAGAAGCAGAUCGGGUUGACGUAUCUUGGUCCGGCGGUGGGGUUCAUCAUCUGUGCGGUCUUCAUUGUACUCUUUAUCGACAAGGUGUACAGUGCGCUGGCGGAGCGGAAUGGAGAUGAAGGCCAGCCGGAGUACAGACUGCCAAUGGCGAACGUCGGAGCUGUCUUUCUACCAAUAUCGCUGUUCUGGUUCGGAUGGGCGGUCGAGAAGAAUGCUCCCUGGCCGGUACCCGUACUCGCGACGAUGCUGUUUGGGGCCAGCCAAGUGAGCAUUUUCAACUGCGUGCAGACGUACUACAUCGACGCAUACGAGACGAAUGCGGCCUCAGCUCUCGCAGCUGGUGCGUUUUUGAGAAGCGUUGUCGGUGGCAUCGUCCCUCUGUUUGUCAGUGGGAUGUUCGAGCAAUUGGGCUACGGCUGGGGCAUGAGUGUGUUCGGGUUUCUGAGUGUGCUGUUGAUGCCAGCGCCAGCAGUGUUCUACUGGACUGGGAGGAGAGUAAGAGAGAGGUUCCCUUUCAAAGGAUGA